GCGCGUGUAAUGAAUGACAGUGUAAUUUGACGCAUGCGCAGCAGUGUUGUGAUAACCGUCGUCCGGCUACACAGACAGAGUUAAAAUGAGCUCAAUCGGGACCGGGUAUGACCUGUCAGCCUCCACCUUCUCUCCAGAUGGCCGAGUGUUUCAGGUGGAGUACGCCAUGAAGGCGGUGGAGAACAGCAGCACGGCCAUAGCGAUCCGCUGUAAGGAUGGUGUUGUGUUCGGGGUGGAGAAACUUGUGCUUUCCAAACUGUACGAGGAGGGCUCCAACAAACGCAUCUUCAACAUUGACAGACACGUCGGCAUGGCCGUAGCGGGUCUGUUAGCUGAUGCUCGCUCGCUCGCUGAUGUUGCCAGAGAAGAGGCGUCCAGCUUCAGAUCAAACUAUGGACACGACAUCCCCCUGAAGCACCUGUCAGAAAGAGUGGCGAUGUACGUCCACGCCUACACACUCUACAGCGCCGUGCGGCCGUUUGGCUGCAGUUUCAUCCUGGGCUCGUAUGACAAAGACGACGGUCCUCAGCUCUACAUGGUCGACCCGUCAGGCAUUUCAUACGGUUACUGGGGCUGUUCCAUUGGGAAAGCAAAACAAGCAGCAAAGACGGAAAUCGAGAAGCUUCAGAUGAAGGAGAUGACUUGCAGGGAGCUGGUCAAAGAGGUCGCCAAAAUAAUCUACAUCGUUCAUGAUGAGGUGAAGGACAAAGCCUUCGAGUUGGAGCUCAGCUGGGUCGGAGAGGUCACGAAUGGACGACAUGUGCUGGUACCCAAAGACGUCCGAGAGGAAGCUGAGAAAUAUGCCAAGGAUUCUCUGGAGGAGGAGGAUGACUCGGAUGAAGACAACAUGUAAAUUCAGCACUGGACCCCCCCCCCCCCACAUACA